ACCGAGGAGGAAAAAAACCACCCUUUCCAAACCUCCCUCUUCUCGCCACUCUCUCUCUAUCUCUACAGCUUUGGUCGGAAACACGAAAACCUCAAAACAGCUCUCCUUCCGAGGCUUUUUAAGGUUGCCGUAAAUGGGUACCGAAGACGAGAGAUUGACAGCUUUGAAAAAGGCCUAUGCUGAUAUCAUUCUGAACACCUCGAAGGAGGCGGCUGCGAGGAUUAUGGCUUCCGAGCAGAAAGCCCUUAGACUUCAACACGAGCUGCAGGUAGUUAAAGAAGAUGCACUCCGGACGAUGCUCAGGAUUAAGCAGAUUAUGGAUUCAAAGAUUAGUGAAGCAGAGACAACACGCUUGAGUCAGCAGAGAAAGAUUGACGAACUUGAAGCACAACUUCAUGAGGCCGAGGAUAUUGUGAGUGAUCUUAGAGGAGAGUUGAGAGAAGCCCAUGAUGCGCUGGAGAGAGUGAAGAUCAACAAAGAAAGCAGAGAGAGUGCAUUUUGUGCAUCAGACCUUCAUGAUGUACACGUGGAAGUUUCUGACAUCAGGAUCAUGAAUCCGAGCGCGAGAAGCGAGGGAUUGAAGUCAUGUAGUAGGGCACUUCAUCACACGGGAAGCUCUUAUCUCUCACACCCUGACCUUUUGCCUUCUAUAAUUUUGAGAAGCAAAGAACCAGAGCUUUACCGGAACGGAUGCACUCAAAGAAUCCGUGCAUGUGAAGGAAACAUGUUAGGCAAGAAACAGUCGAUUUCACAGAGAAAAUCUGAAGAAGUGAAACCUGAAAGUGAUGGAAGAAACGCCAGCAAUGAUUGUAAAGAAGUCUCUGCAGUGCCUGAUGCUGCUGAUAAGAAAGUAGCGAUAGAAGCAGGAAGUUUUGUCUUUUCCGGUUCAUUUCAGAGGAAGAAAAGAAGGGCAAAAAGAUGUGCAAAAAGUAGAGUAUCUUUGGGUGGAAUCCAUCCUCCUGCUCCUCUCUUUCCAAUGAAGACGGAUGAAGGGCAAAUUAAUAACAACUCCUCUUCUUCUUUUGAUGAUGAUGGUGAUGGGAAGAAAGAAGAAAAACUGGCGGCUUUCUUAAAAUCUUCUUCUCACAGGAAAAGAAAAAUAGAAGGUAGACAGAGAAAACAUAGAGCUCCUUUAGAAGGAAACCUUCCAGUUCCAGGUAAGGACUCUUCUGAGGUGACACCAAUAUCAUCGCCGGAUAGAGAUGGCUCCCAGCGUGAGUGUCAUGGGGUUGAGAAAGCAGUUUCUGAGCAUGAAGGAUUGGUAGAAGCCAACGUGCUUGCUGCAGUACUGGAAACGGGGUCCACAGGGAGUUCAGGGAUCACGGUUCAUAACAAAUCAGAUGUGGAAGACGCUGUUGUGGCUCUGCUGCAGAGUUCAAAGGUAUGUGAAGUUGCUGCUCCCAAAGAGGAAAACCGAACUUUCAAAUACACGUUCCAGAGGAAGAGGAAACGGGGUGAGAAUGCUGCUGCUGCUGCUGCUGAUUCUGUACACAAGAAUUGCAUUGAGGUGAUGAAGAAUGAAGAGGAGAACCAAAGUGUUGUUUCCAAGGAUCAACAGCCAAAAUGGCCCGCAGAAUCAUCUCGAGAUAGUAGGAGAAUGGCACAGGUUGCGCGCCAGCUCAUAUCAUUGUCAGAGAAGAAGUGGUGGCAAUGAAUAAAAGUGGUACUCGGCGUGAAGGACCGCCGGAAACUCUUAUGAUCCAGGGACCAAUGCCGCCUGGUGAGCAGUGAGAAGCUG